CUGAGAGGUGACCACUGACUUGAAGUCGCCAAGCAUCCCUCCGACAAAAGUUGAGCGUGGAACCAGAGUCCGGGUUCUUGAGCAUGCGGACGCAGUUACACGAGCCGUGAUGGCCUGUUUCCCACGGUCACGCAGGCCAGGCAAGGAUGAGUUGACUCUAUUAUGAACCCAUUAGCCACUAGAAAUGGCUGCUGCGCAGCCUUGACCUUGCUUGUGACUAGGCUUUUCUUUCUUUUUUUUGGUGGAACCCCCGUAGCUUUCGCGGGCAAGAUUGCCUGGGGGUUUGUGGGGGAAGGCUGGACCUUCCGUGGAGGUGAGGUCGAUGCAUCUGUGUUAGUGCAGAGAUUGCCACCUCAGGUGGGGUCGGCAAACCAGGUUAGAGCCUGGUGACGCUUACAUAAGCAAUAUUUGUUUCAAUCCUGGCCUGUCAGGGCAAUAGCCCCGAACCCCG